UUGUGGGUGGAAAACAUGCUUCCGGAGCUUGAAGUCUUCCAGCCUGCGCACUAGCACGGCUCAGAGGCGCUCAAACCAAGCCGCAUAAGAGCAGUUUGACCGAUUUACACAUCGCGUGCGAACUAACCGCUUCUCGUGACAGCGGGACAGAUGCUUCUCAGGCAAAUGCUGCCUUCACUGCAGGAAGUGUAACGCAGCCGCACGGCGCAUGCUCUCGUACCUCUCUGACAAGCGGAGGAUGAAUGAUCCCCUGCUGUAAAACGGCUCUGUGGGGAGGGGUGAUGGCGGGUGCUGAGGUCACUGUGUCUUCAGGGGAGCUCAUUAUGGUGAAGGAAGAGGAGGGGGAAUCCAGUGGCAACAACCAUAAGACUCAAGUCAUCCUGCACCUGCAGCCCAUCCUGCAAGGGGUAAAUGAUGACAUUGCAGACACUGGUACCACAGUCUUGGCCAUAGAGACCCAUCAUGAUGACAGUAAAGCAGAAGGAGAGGAAAUAGAGUAUGGCUACCCCAUCACCUGUGGAGACAGCAGAGCAGUUCUGCUGUUUAAGAAGUUUGUGUGCCCUGGAAUCAAUGUCAGAUGUGUCAAAUUCAAUGACCAGCUCAUCAGUCCAAAGCAGUUUGUACACCUGGCAGGCAAAGCCACUCUGAAGGACUGGAAAAGGGCCAUCAGACUGGGAGGGGUGAUGCUUAGGAAAAUGAUGGACUCUGGCCAGAUAGAUUUCUACCAGCAUGACACCGUGUGCAGCAACACCUGCCGCAGCACUAAAUUUGAUGUGCUGAUCAACAGUACGAGGCUUCCUCCAGGGAUCUCAGCACAGCCAAGCCCGUCAAAUCUGGCUCUUGACCCUCUUGGAGGACAGGUGCCUCCGCUGACAGAGGUUGUGCAUGAGGCAGCAGAAGUAGAGGAGACUUUGAGGGAUAAGUUUAGUGCAACAGCGAAGUGGAGCCCUGGUCCAGCCCGACCUGUAAACCCUACAACAGCCAAUGGACAUGCGGCAAAGAGAAAGAGGGCUGACACACCUGAUGGGGUAUUGAGCCUGUGGAAGGGUGUGGCAGACUCAGGGCUGAUGGGGGAGGUUCUGUCCAGUCUCCAGACUGAAUUAUUAGCCACUCUUAAAGGAGUGGAGGUUCGCAGUGAGAAGUCCAACCUGCAGGAGACAGAUGCCAUCUUACUUAAUUCCUUGUGUGAGAUGUUUGGGCUUUUAGACUCAGUGAAGCAAGCUCUGGACCUGAGGCGCAGCCAGACUGAAGACAUGUUGGAUGAGAUUUUGGAAAAACGGAGGAAGCAGGACUGUGAUAAAAGCACAUCUUACAAAAGCACAUCCUCGAAACACCUUCGCCUUCAACGCCACAAUCGGUCGAACAGCCAAGCCCGGAACGUCCUGUCCCCCGUGAAAACAAGCCCAGUGAUACAGCCUCUCUCUGUUACUGGUUUAUCUGCUGCAUCUUAUGCUCAGCUCACCAUCAACCCUCAGCUCCUCACCCAUUUCUCUGCCUCCACUGGCCAGCACCACCAAACCAGAGCAGACAGGGUGGACAGAGACAGCCGAAGCUCUACGCUGGAGAGGAACCAUGAUCUCGGUGAGACGGGGAAGGUUCACCAGCAGGGACAGGAAGGUGUGGAGCAAGAUGACACCUCAGGGAUCUACAAAGACCCUGGACAGAGGACAGUUAGGCCUCGAGAAGACCCUCAUCUUAGUGAGGAAGAAGAGGAGACAAUGGGCUUGCAUGAUAUCGAAAAGGUGAUUAUAGGAAGAAAAGCAUCAAAGAAACAUAAGAGUAAGUGAGAGGGAGAUGAUGGUGAAGGGAUGCUGGAGGACUAAGUGAGGGAAUGUGCCUGAGACCUGAAGACUUAAAGGAUAAAAGAUUCAAAAAGUACUUUACUUUGUGUACUUUUUGUGUUUUCUUGCUCAUGGUGUAGACACUGUAGUUACUUAAGUUGAACUGGAGUUACUUCAGUGGUAACGGGCACAGAUUUGUUAUUGCAUUGAGGAUGGAAAAGGCCCUUCUGAGACCAUUCUGGACAUGCUUUUCUGACAUUUUAACAAAUCAAAACACAGUAGAGGUGAAAUGAUGAGUUGAUCAUUGAUUAGUCAUCUGCCAGAAAAUUAAUCAGCAACAGUUUUGACAAUCGAUUAAUCAUUUAAAUCAUUUUUUUAAGCAAAAAGGUUGCAAACAUUCACUGGUUUCAGUGUCUCAAAUGUGAAUACUUGAUGGUUAUUUUUUUGUAGCCCUGCCUUUGGGUUUUGGACUUUUGGUCGGACAAAAUAUGCAAUAUUUUGCAAUAUAUCACUUUCCACUUUCUGGGAAUUUGUAAAGGGUGUUUUUUUUUUUUAAACAAUUUUUGGAUAUUUUUGGAGAAAAUAAUCAGUGAUUUAACUGAAUAAUCGUUAGUUGCAAUACUAAAACACAGAGUUCUCUCUUGUCUGUUGGAUAUAGUAUUAGAAACCCGGGUAGUUUUGACCGAACUCUGUGUUUCUAAAUUUCAGUCUAACCACGCUUUUUAGAAAUCUGUAAAUAUAAUGUUUGAUUUAUGAAUCAAUGACUGAUUGAUUACAGUCUUUGGUGAUAACAUUUUCCCUUUCCUGAAAUUAGUUGGCAGUUUUUUUCCAUGCGUUUGUGACAAAUUCUGUCAAUAAUUUUAUAAUUAACUUCUAACAAUAUUUGUAAUUUAACAUACUUAUUUUGUCAGUUGUGUUUUUAAUUUUUUUAUAAUCUGGAUUUCGUGAAAUAUUUCGUAUUCUGGCUUGUAUUUAGGCCCUCAAAAUAGUGCCUAAGACCUGCCUAAUAUCUAUGCACCAGACACUCACUGCCUGAAGAAUACAUUAUUCUUAAUUUAAGACAGUGAAACAUAUAUAUAUAAUAAGUAUUGUAACUGUAGGCAUGUGCUCUUGCUUUAUACGGCGUACUGUGUACUAACGUGCUGGAAAUCAUGUUAAAUAACCUCUUCUCCCUUUACCAUAGAAAAAUUAUGGAGAAACAUAUGAAAGUGUGACCUUGUAAGAUUAUGAACACAUUUUAAAUAAAAAAAAAUUUACAUUCAACAAUUUAACAGAA